AACACUCUACUGUGUAAAAAACAUUAUUUUAUACAAAGUACUGUGUGAAUAAAGGUACAGAAAAUGGCAGAAACGGACUGGAGAGAAAUUCUAAGUUUUUCACAGCGAGAACUCAUGCAGGCCGAUAAGGAAAAACUGUGCGAGAGCUUGUCUUGGAUGGAAGCAGACGAUAUUGAAUUAAACUUUUCAGACUUGAAAACGCUAUUUCGACUGGCUCAAGAUAUUUUAAAAUACAAAAGUGAACAGGUAAACAAUCUGCAUGGACAACUGGAAACUGUCCAAAGAAAAGGCGGUAAAUCAAGAACAAAGGGGUCAUAUGCCGAAUCCCCAAGCAAAGGUUCUGACAGUAUCAUGGAAACUAUUGCUAAUCAAGAAGAAGUAAUCAAAGCUAAUAAAGAAAUACUCGAACAAUUAUACGCUGACAUCGCCGAAUUAGAAGAAAAGAAAAGUAAAUUGGAAGACGAUAGAGACAACGUUGAUAAAGACAGUGAAUCAAGUCGAGAUGUUCUAUCAGAGAUAAACGAAGUUGCUCAACUUGAAAACGAUAUAACUAUGAAGAAUAGACACAUCAGAAAAUUGCUCAGUGAUGUCAAAGUUUUAGAAGAAGAAAACACCAAACUCAAGGAAAAGCUCUCAGUUGUGAAAGAUAAACUGACUGAAGCUACAAAUCUUAUAGAAAAUUUAACUGAACAGUUAACCGCCCUAAAUAAUGAAUCUUUACAGUUAAAAGAAAUGUUAGGUAAAUCCGAAGAAUCUAAAAGUCACUUAUCCAUGGAAAUCGAGUCGCUCAGAAAAGAGUUGAUUGAUAAAGAUUCUAACAAAGAUAGCAUUUAUAAUGAAAUAAAAUCUAAAGCGCAACAUUGGAAGAAUGUAGCUCGAUCUAAGAAAGCCGAAGUCGAAGCAUUGUCUAACGAAAACAACCAAUUAAAAGAGAAUCUAAGUCGCACAAUACAACCUUCUUCACCGCCAAAGUCCCGACAGAGAGAGCGCAAAAUUAAAGAAUUGCAACUUAAAUUAUCUGAAGCAUCGAAGCAAAUAGAGAAUUCCGCCGAUUUGAUUGAAAAAUUAAAAAUAGAAAAUCAACAAAUGAAGUCACUGAUCGAAGACACUGUUGAGUCAGCUGUAUCCGAAACUAAAAAUGAAUGUGAUGAUAAUAAAGAAAGAAGUUUGAUAAUAAAAUUAAAAAAGAAGGUUAAAUCAUUGACUGUAGCUUUGCAAGAAGCUGAAGAAAUGAUCGUUGUUAGAGAUAAAGAGCUAGCAGAUAUCACCUCUGAACUGCAACUAGUCCAGUCUGAUGAAGGUAUCAAGUCAUUACUAGACGGACUCAAAAAUAAGAAACGUCAGCUAAAACUGAAAGAUGAAGGAAUCAAGUCGUUGGUUCAAGAUGUGAACACUUUAAAUCAACUAGUAGAUGAAUUGCAACUAGAAAAUGAAACUUUCAGACGAAAACUCAAUAUACCAAUCGGGGAAAAAGUUCCAACAAAGGGGAUUCUAAAAAAAGUUUAUGAAACAGAAGAAAAGUAUAAUAAAAUGUAUAAAUAUCUAAAAAGGACUGAAGAUAAACUUACCCAGGCGGAGUUGGAUAAUCGAGUUCUAAAAACAAAAUGUAAUAAGUUCAUCGAUGUGUUGUCUGAAGUAGGAUGUGCAAAAGAAAAAAUUGAUAAGAUAAUUCAAGAAAGUGAAUAUUACAAUGAUACAGAUAAUGAUGGGGUAAAUGGUGAAGGUAGCCCACAAAAAGACUCAAAGAAAGACUGCAAUUGUGGAGCAGAAAUGCAAGAAAUAGUAGACGAAAAUGAAGGACUCAGGAAAGGCCUCCAAGAAAUUUUGAAUUUCUUAAAAGAUAAUAGUACCACAUCUUCAGGAAUCUUAUCUUUAGAGUGUCCUAGUUUGGAUGCGAUACUACAAUCAAUGGAAGCACGUCAUGCUGCUGGUUGGUUCGCUCCUCAUAUGGCUACGGUCAUGGAACUACGAGCGGCUUUGGGUGGUAGAGAUGCACUUCUCAGUGCAUUACAUGAAGCUAGGAAAGAAACAUUCGAUGUUAUGGCCCAACUUUCCAAAGAGACUCAAAAAUCUAAAGAUUUAGAACACCAAUUGGAAGAAAUUAAAUCGGAACAACAGAAGUCAGAAAGACAUGAUACAAGCAAUGAAACACAGAGAGUAGAAGUACCAACGAGAAUCACACUUGGUGAAUUUGGAUCGUGGAUGUCUUUUGAGGAGGAUAGUAAAAUUGAUUUCAAAAAUAAAGAUCAAAUAAAAAGCUAUAUCGCACAACGAAAUGCUUCGUAUGAAGAUUACUUAAAACGUGGUCUAGGUUACUUUCACGAGAAGUUUAAAACUUUGUUUGAAAAGAUGAAAUCGAUAGUUGUACAGACAGCUGACCAACAAAAUAAGUGGUCAAUUCAAGAAGAACAUUAUAAAGCACAAAUCGAAAAUUUAAGGGCUCAAGUAUCUCAACACGAAGAAGAAGAUAUAAGUGAAGACUCCCCUGGACUUAUUCCGAUACACCAUUCAAGUUCCUUGGAAAGAAAGUGUUCAUACUUAGAAGAGUCCUAUAAAUACAUCAGAACUAUCAAUGAAAACAUGAAGAAUGAAAUAUUAGAAAGCAAAAAGGAAUCAAUGCAUAUGACACUAGAUUACGAAACUCAAAUUCAAAGUCUUAUGCUUAUAAUAGCAAACCUAUUUGAUAAACUGCGAAGUUCAAUAUCUAUAGAUCUUUUUUGGAAUCAAAAUGCAGCUUUAAAUCAAUCUAUGACAAACCUCCGAAAAGUGUUAGAAGAAAACAUACAGAGAGAAGAAACACUCGAUUUCUUCAAGUACCUAAAUGAUCAGAGAAUGGAUAUGAUUAACUUCAUCAGAAAGGAUUUACAAUUUAGUGAAAACAAAGGUGAUGAACAGAAAGUGAAAAGCAUACUAAGUGGCGCAGAACAAACAAUAACAAAGAAACAAUUGGAAGAAAUGUGCACUGAACUCGAAAGGAAAGAAAAGGAAAUCAGAUUAUUGGAAUCAAAAAAUAUUGAAUUACAAGAAAGACAAGCAAAAUUAAUAGAUGAUAAUUUGGCAUCGUCGACAAAAGAGGAAAUAGAUCUCACGAAGACACAAUUGAAAAAACUAGUUGAUGAGAAUACAAUCCUGAAGGAACAAUGCCAACACAUAGGAAGUCAACUUGACAUUGCGUUACUACAGUUACAAGAUUGUCAACAAAGGCAAAUGAGUAAUGAUAUGGAAAUCAAUAUGCUGAGGCACCAGAUAUUGGAUUUACAAGCUAUUGGUGAUAACAAAGCUAUCAUUGCAAGACUAAGCGGAGAAGUAUUAGUAGCACAUUUACAAGCAUCGGAAAGCCAUAAGAAAAUAGAUAGAUUGAGUGCAUCGUUGAACAAAGAGAAACAAGCUAGAGUCGAAGCUGAAGAAAUGCUGAAAGCACGGCAAAAGGUUUUCGACAUCUAUGCCCUGAGAUAUGAAUCUAAAUUCAGGUAUAUUUAUGAAGUAAUGCAUGCUCUUAGACAACAAUAUCAUGGGGGUUUGCCAAUCACGUCAAUUGAAAACUACCUCAACAAGAAAGAAGAUCUCCGACGAAAAUCACGCGCAGCCGAUGAAAAACUACAAGAUAUUGAAGAACUGCAGAUCAGUUUGAUGACAAAACAUUCUGUUUUUGAACAAGUUUUGGAUCUUUCAAAAAAUAAAUGCAUUGAAGAGGAAGACGGUUGUCCUCAUAAGUUGAAAAAUAUGGUCAUGUACAUUUGA